GAGGAUGAUCUCAAGUACACCUGGGACAUCAAGCCGGCAGCGAAAGUCCUGGCCAUCUACACAGAGGAUGGAUUCGUAGACAGCACGGCAGACAUUGGCGACGAUGGUGCGUCUGUUGGGCUCGUGUUGGACAAGACACCGUUCUAUGCAGAGGCUGGAGGACAGGUCAACGACCUGGGCGUGUUGAGGAAGGAUGACAGCGCGGAGCUUGACGUGAAGGUCGUUCAGGCGUUCGCUGGGUAUGUGCUACACACUGGCCCUGUGCCAGCUGCGGCGCUGUCUGUUGGAGAUGAGGUCACCUGUCAGGUGGACUACGCGCAUCGGAGCCGCAUCGCGCCCAACCAUACCAUGACGCACGUCCUGAACUGGGCUUUGCGCGAGGUCCUGGGCGACGGUAUUGAUCAGCGUGGCUCGCUUGUGACGGCAGAAAGGCUGCGUUUCGACUUCAGCUAUGAAGCUAGCGCGGGCGUCUCCAUGAAAGAUCUGCAGUCGGUGGAGAACAAGGUUCGCGAGGUUGUGGCCGCGGGGCUGCCGGUUGACACGAAGACCGUGGCAUUGGCAGAUGCCCAGGCCAUCACUGGUCUGCGCGCCAUGGCCGGUGAGUCCUAUCCAGAUCCUGUACGGGUGGUGACUGUAGGCUCUGCGGGCAUUGACACAAUCCUGGAGAAGCCGAAUGAUCAUCAAUGGCUUGAGCAAUCCGUAGAGUUCUGCGGCGGCACACACAUCUCCUCAACUUCGGAGGCAAAGUCCUUUGCCCUCCUAGAAGAGAAAGGCCUGGCUGGGCAUUGCGCAGCAUUCGUAGACUUCGGAGGGCGACAGGUGGCCCCCGGAGGUCUCCAUUUGGCUGGGAGCUUUCAGGGUUGGGAUCCCAAUGUCACUGCUUUGGCAGAUGGUGAUGGGGAUGGCAUCUACGUGACAACAUUGGAUUUGCCCGCAGGUUCCCAUGAGUUCAAAUUCAUCAAUGGCAGCUCGUUGGAAUAUGCAGAGACACUGCCACCGGCAUGCAGUACGGCCAAUACUUGGUACUACUACUACGGCUACGGCGACGAGGAUGCCCCUCGCAAACUCGAAAUUGAGGAGGGUGCCGCCUCCGCCGAGGUGCACAUGUGUUUUCAGGAAUGCCAGCCAUGUGAGGCUCUUGCACGCUGUAAGAUGUUCAACUGCCCUUCUGGGCACGUGUUGAAAGACAGUGCCAUGGAGAUACCUGGCGAAACAAAGGCCACGUGCUGCAAAGUCGCCAGCAACUGGGCAGCACCUGUUGUUGUGCGCAGUGCUGCCUACUCGGAUGGCAAUCGGGCCGAGUUCUGGGUAUGGGGUCAAAUGGUGCAUUCCACUAGGGAUCGUGGCCUCACUGUCGUUGAAGUGCGGCCUGAGCUCCUCGCUCUCUGCAUGUCCUACGGAUGGCAAGUUCCAGUCCAGCACAAGGAGACAUUUGACACCUACGUGGACUCAUCCAAGCUGGAAGCUUACCUUGCGAAGGUGCCUGCUGGCAACCUACUCCUCAUGGGCGCUGUUGAUGAAGCUUCUAACAUGCUCAGCUCACAGGCCGAGGCUUUGAUUGCAAGCUGUGGGGCCAAAUCCAUCCAGCAAAUGGGCUUCAGGAGCUCAUACUCGCUCAUCGGACAGAAAGAUGGGAGUGCCUUAUCCGAGGUGGUUCUGCCCGAAGGCAGUGGAUAUGCCAUUGCAGUUGCAGAAUUCCCGAUGCCCCCGGGGAAGAAGUUCUGCAAGAUGUACGACUGCUUUUGGGGGAUCUUUCACAAUGUCCUGAGGGCAGAUGCCAUGGAGACACCUGGUCAAAGUGACGAAGCCUGCUGCGAAAGAGCCAAGCAGGGCGAGCACUCCUUGGUGGUGCGAAGCACUGGGUACUCAGACGGGAACAGGGCCCAAUUUCGGUUGAAUGGUCAGCUCCUCUAUAGGACUGGCACGCGUGGCCUCACCAUCGUGGACCUGUGGCCAGACAUGACAGUGAAGCACACAGAGACCUUCGACACCUUCACUGAUUCUUCUGCUUUGGUUGCAUACCUGAGCUCAACCCCUGAAGGCAACAUUAUACUGGUUGGAGCAGUGGAUGAGGCGUCUGCUGGCUUCAGCCAGGAAGCAGAAAACCUCCUGCGCGAUUGUGGGGCCACGUUUCCCCGGCCGCUAUCCUUUAGAAGCUCCUAUGCGCUCAUUGGCAUCAAGGGUGGAAAUGCCCUGUCAGAGGUGGUGAUGCCAGAGUUAACUGGCUCUGCUGUAGCUGUCGGAGAGUUGAUCCCGGUGAUCCCACCUGGGCCAGACCUGUGCAAACUGUACAACUGCCCGUCUGGAUUUGUGCUGAGAGCAGAUGCCAUGGAGACACUCGGUGAACUCCUCGAAGAUUGCUGUGCAGCAGUUGAAGCAGGCAAGCAAGCAGUUGUGGUGCGAAGCGCCGGCUAUGAGGAUGGGAACAAGGCCGAAUUUUUCGUGGACAUGUGGCCCGACAUGACGGUGAAGCACAUUGAGACCUUUGACACCCACUUGGAUUGUUCUUCUUUCGUUGCAUACCUGAGCUCGACCGCUGAAGGCAACAUGGUACUUGUAGGAGCAGCGGAUGAGGCAUCUAGAGCCCUCGGAAAGGACUGGGACGCUGCGAACCUUCUUCGCGAUCUUGGGGCCACAUUCCCGCGGCCGAUAUUUUUUAGGAGCUCUUAUGCUCUGAUUGGCAUGAAGGGUGGAAAUGCCCUGGCCGAGGUGGUGAGACCAAUGGGAGGUGGAAAAGCUGUAGCUGUCGCUGAGGUGCCUUUGCCUCAGGCCACCCUGCCUCCCACCUCGCAAGUGACAACAACUUCAAUUGUCGACAGCUUCGUGCCUGUGGAUGGAGGCGUGGACCGUGCCUGCCGCGGGGCGGCAUCCAGCGACAACAAUCCCAACUACUACACGGUGGUCUCUGGCGUGGAAUCGCUCCUGGCCUGCAAGGAGGAGUGCGUCCGUGCUGAGGCAUGUGUUGGCAUCGAGCACAGCGGAAGCCGUUGUGAAGUCUGGACACGACCAGAAGGCAUCCAGGCCUCCAUUAACCUCGCCGGCUUCACAUGCCUAAGCUACGCAUCCUCUCUUGCGACCACAGUGACGACAACAACAGCAGCGACCACCGGAGCCAUUUCGAACCUUUUCGAAGCAGUGGAUGGCGGCAUUAAUCGGGCAUGCCGUGGGGCAUCCACUUCCGACAACAAUCCGGCCAACUAUGCGGUUGUCUCAGGGGUCCAGCAACUCGGCGAUUGCCAAGCUGAGUGCAUGAAGGUCGUUGGCUGCGUGGGGAUCGAGUUCAGCGUUGGAAGAUGUGAAGUUUGGAUUCGUCCCGAUGGAAUCCAGGCUACAAUUGCGCUGAGCGGAUUCACCUGUCAACGUUUGGUUGGGGAGACCCGGCGGGGGCUUGUUUUGAACACUGGACGACCAAAGGUCGCGCGAUAUGAUGCAACGCCAUACAGCCGUGACGCUGGCCGUUCAGACCGCAUCUCGAAAGGCGUUCGUCGCAUCAUUGCGGCCACUGGUGAGGUAGCUGAGACCGCUAUCAAGGAGGCGGAGCGUCUGGAUUCUGAGGUCAGCAAGUUGGAGGCCGCUAAAGAUACAAAGGAGGAAGCACUUCUUGAACUGAGCCGAAGCGUGGACGAUUCGGAGCUCCCGGCAGCUCCAAAGGCCGCACUGCGAGACCGAUUGGGCCAGCUUCGCAAGCAGCUCAAGAAGAAGCAAAAGAAGAAGAAAGGCAAGGUGAGCAAGGAGGAGCAGGCGGCAUUCUUGGCCGAGCUGCGCCAGGCGAUUGAUGGGGCUCGGAGUGCUGGCGCCAGCUUCUGCGUUGCAGCAUUCGAGGGCACAGGUGUGGAUGGUAAGAUGCUGCGGGAGCUAGCUGUGGAACCAGAGAUGGAGUCCAUUGCCGUCCUCGUGCUGAACCAGCCAAGUGAGGGAGCGGUCGACUGUUUGGCAGCCGUCCCAUCCUCCUUGCAGGAUUCGAAGCCUGCUGGUGCCUGGGUUCAGGCCGCGCUUGCUGCUGUCGGCGGCAAGGGCGGUGGCAAACCGGCCUUUGCGCAGGGAGCAGCUCGUGGUGCUGACGCGGAUGCAUUGAGCGCGGCCCGAACAGCGGCUGAAGCAUUCUGGGAGUGA